CCCAUUGAAUAUCAAUCUCGUAAGUCGUAACGGUUUUUGACUUGAAGCGACGGCCAGGAUUGAUCCAUUUUUCUAUUAAUAAAUAAGAAAUAGAAAAACCCUCCCGAGUUUUCAUUUUCCGUUCUUCCUUCUCUUCUCGUUCAAGAUCUCUCUCUCUUUCUCUCAGAAGAGAAACCCUAAAUCUGACCGGAAAAUCUCGACGCCGAAUCGGAGAUCUUCCUUUUUUUUCAUCAACAAUGUCUUCCUCGGCUAAACGGACAUCUUCCUCGUCGUCAUCGGGGAAUCUAUCCCAGGAGAAUCCGGUUUCUCGGUCGAACGUAGCCAAGACUCGAAUCCCACUCGGCGAUGGUGGAAUCCACCGUAACGCCCUCGGCGACAUCACUAACCAGAAGAAUGGAUCUAGAAUUUCCGCUUCGUCGUCUACUCUGGUGCAUUGUUCUAAUAAAAUCGGCCAAUCAAAGAAAGCACCAAAAACUGCUUUAUCUCGUAAUCGGAAUUUGGGAAUUCUCGAUAGCGGUUUGCCUCCCAAGCCAAAUGAGAAAUCAAACAUAAUCGUUCCUUACGAAGACAUCGACUUGCCUCAACCCAAUGAAAAUCUUCUUGCUUCAUCACAAGGAUCAUCCGUGGAUGCCUCUCCCACUCAAUCAGCAUCGACUCGUGACUCUUCCAAGAGCCCCAAAGUUGAGUAUAUGGUCGACAGCAGUAUUGCUCUCCCGGAGCAUGCAGAUUCAUCAUACUCAGAUUUGGGAAAAGAUGAUAAGAUUGUGAAUAUCGAUAGUAACUUGAUGGAUCCACAGCUUUGUGGUGCCUUUUCUUACGACAUCUACGAGCACUUGCGUGAAUCCGAGGUUAAGAAAAGGCCGGCUCUAGAUUACAUGGACAGAAUUCAGCUAAACAUCAAUGCUAGCAUGCGUUCCAUACUGAUUGACUGGCUCGUGGAGGUUGCUGAAGAGUAUAGGCUUUUGUCCGAGACGUUGUAUUUGGCAGUGAACUAUGUAGACCGGUACCUUUCAGGCAAUGUAAUUACCAAGCAAAACCUGCAGUUACUUGGUAUUUCAUGCAUGAUGAUAGCAGCAAAAUAUGAAGAAGUGUGUGUGCCCCAAGUGGAGGAUUUCUGCUACAUCACUGAUAACACAUACUUAAGAAACGAGGUUUUGGAGAUGGAGUCUUCUGUUCUGAAUUACUUGAAGUUCGAAUUAACAACUCCAACAGCAAAAUGUUUCUUGAGGCGCUUUGUUCGUGCUGCUCAAGGCAAAAAGGAGGUACCAUCACUGCUGUUUGAGUGUCUAGCCAGCUAUCUCACCGAAUUAUCUCUCUUGGACUAUGCUAUGCUUCGAUACGCUCCAUCACUUGUGGCAGCCUCUGCAGUUUUCUUGGCACAGUACAUACUACACCCUUCAAGAGAACCAUGGAACGCUACGUUAGAGCAUUACACAUCGUACAGGGCGAAAGAUUUGGAAGGAUGCGUUAAGAGUCUUCUUCAGCUGUGCCACGAGAGUCCCUCAGCUGAUGUAGUUGCAGUCAGGAAGAAGUACAGUCAACACAAAUACAAGUUUGCAGCAAAGAAGUUUUGCCCCGCCUCACUACCACAAGAGCUUUUCAUCUGCUAGAGGGUUAUUUCCUCUCGUCUUGUAGAUAUUGUUGAAAAACUCAUCGGGUCAAACAAAUGUAUUCAAUUCUCGAUAGAUGUGUAGAUGAUAGUACUACUUAUCAAUACAAAGGGUAGUAUCGUUACAAGUAUGUGAAUAGAGUUCUGAGCCAUACGGUUGUGGUGGUUUGGAGUUUGUUGCAACCGUCUUUGUGUUACCAUUUGUGUAAAAAGCUGUUGUAGUGGAAUUGCCUCUAAAAUGAUAAGAAUUGGG